AUGGGCUUGGUUGAUGUGAACCACGAAUGGGCGCCCAAGAGCAGCAUCGAGCUGAUUCUUGGCGCCAUUCUAGCCCUGCUGGUUGGUAAAACGGCUCUAUUCCUCUGGGGAGGUGUGCAAAUCCGCAUGCGCUUCAAGAGUAUGAGAGCUCAAGGUAUUCCAAUCAUCGAACCUUACUCUCUUCUUUGGGGCCAUCUGAAGGUAUUGGGCGCAUUGAAGGGACAAUUCCCGCCAGAUGCUCAACCGAAUUAUGCUCAAAUCCACAUCAUUCAACAUUGGCAGGAAUACUUCCCCAGUGCCAAGGAAUGUCCACAUAUUGUAUAUCUCGAUAUAUGGCCUGUUCAGUCUACUCCAAUCGCAUUGAUUAUAGAUCCGGCCAUGUGCCAAGAAUUGGUGACUGAAAAGAACUUUCCAAGAGGCAUCAGUAUGAAGAGACUUGCAGAGCCCGUCAUUGGCCAAAGAAACCUGAUCUGGUUCGACGGCGCAGAACAUCGUCUGUGGAGAUCACGCCUCAACCCGGGCUUCUCAAUGCGCAACCUACAUUCGUAUAUGGGCGCACUUGUCGACGAAGCUGAAAUCUUCUUGGAGAAUCUCAAGGCCACUACCCGUCCAGACGGGCGUUGGGGUUCCGUGUUUCCCCUGAUGCCCAAGACCAUUGACCUGACAUUUGAUAUCAUUGGCAGGGUGGUACUGGAUCUCCACCUCAAUGAGCAGCGGAAUGGCCCAACGGAGCUACAGUCGGCGCUGAGGACGCUCACUACCAAGCACUUCUUCUUUCGAACGCUGGCCACUCUCCCCAAAAGGUUCAAUCCCUUCUUUCGGUACGAGGGGUGGCAUUCUGUCCAGAAGCUUAGGAAAAUUCUCGUUCCACGGAUCCAGCAGCAAAUUGGAGCGGAGCAGUUCACGAAACAAAAGACUGUAUUGCAACUAGCCAUGAAGGAAUAUAUGAACGACACACAGGGAGCGAAAAGCAGCAAAGGCUCGAGCGAUCAAUUCGUCGAGGACGUGUUUGGACAGGUUCGCCUGUUUCUUUUCGCAGGCCAUGACACAACGGCCUGUAUUCUUACCUGGGCUUUCCACUACCUUUCCAAACGUGCCGACGUGUUGGAAAAGUUGCGAGCCGAGUACGACUCGGUAUUCGGUACAGACCUCAGGGCCGUAGCCGACAAGGUGAGGCAGUCGCCGCAGCUCCUCAACUCGCUACCGUACACCACGGCCGUGGCCAAGGAGGUCAUGCGGCUCGCCCCGUUGGCCGCGACGGUUCGCCAGGCACCUCCAGGCGCCUUCUUCACCGCCAGCGAUGGGACGCGGCUGCCGGCAUACGGAUUCGCUCUUAUUACUGGAACGGCAAUGAUUGAUUACCACCCAGAACUGUGGCCGCGGCCUGACGAGUUUCUGCCUGAACGCUUCAUGGUACCACCGGGCGAUCCAUUGUAUCCCUCAAAGCCGGGGCAAUGGCGACCUUUUGAAGCCGGCCCAAUGAACUGCAUUGGACAAGAGCUCUCCAUGAUUGAGAUCAAACUAGUGCUACUAUUCACUGUCCGAGAGGUGGACGUUGAGCCUGCUUUUGACGAGUGGGACCAGCUUCCUGAGAAUGUCGGUAAACCAAGGCAUACUAUCAAAGGCGAGAGGGCCUACCGACAAGCCAAGGGUAUAUCACCGCCUACUGAUGGAUUGCCGGUUCAUGUCAGGUUUAGAAAUCCCGUGACGGCUUGA